AUGACCGUUGCUCCUUCUCCUUUCGCGAAACAACCAUGGACGACCAAACAAGCUCAACUGCUCGCCUACGAUGAGCAGCAGCCAUCACUGCCACCUCCAGCUGCUCGACUUCCAGUCGUUUUACCCUCUCCGCCAUCACCUUCACGUCCACUCCAGCUCCCUCAUGUCGAGCCUUCCCCUUCGACCACUGCUUCACGUCGACCACCACCCCAUCCUAACGACACUGCCCAACACCAGCCCAUGACACCAUCAGCAGCAGCGAGUCCAGCUGCUGCCGCUGCUGCUCCUCACGACCACCCUCGUCUCCCUCCAGCUAGUCCGCCACAGUCCAAAUGGCCAGCUUCUGCUUUGUCCUUUUCAACACUCACAAACAGUCCGUGUGACCUCCAAUAG